AUGGCGAAACUCAAGGUUGCUGGGACAUGGGGUGGCUUGAUUGAGGUGGAACUCGAGAACUGGACUCUACAGAUGCUGAGAGAUGAAGUCGCUAAGCGAUCGGGCCUCGAUCCUGAUUCGAUCAAACUUAUUUUCGCCGGUAAAAUCCUCAAGGACGACGGCGAUAAUACUCAGACGCUUGCCCAAUUAGGUAUCAAGGAAAACUCCAAAAUCCUCUCGAGUCGCGCUGCAGCUCCCGAAGAAGGCAAAUCGAUCUUGGCCGAGGAAGAACGAGCAAGACGUCUCUCCCGUGUCAAAGCGGCAGCGACGGCGUUGUCCAAGAGGCAUGCUGAUGGUUCAUUGCCAUUGCCGAGCGAAGACUAUAACAUAGAGCUUGAGGAUCAGGGAGGUCAUACAGUACAGUUUGGAUCAGAGACUGAUCAGAGAGCUGCAAUGAUGGGUCUUAUGUUACACACGAAGGCAAAGAGCCUAAUAGAAAUGGAAAUGUACUCUGAUGCUGUAGAAGUGCUUGCCAUGGCAGAGGAAUCGUUCUUGCUCUGUGAUCCCAAGAUUCUCGAGAUGGUGGACAACAUCCCUAUGAUGGAGAUAGACUUUGUAUGGUGCUACUUCUUGCUCCGUGACGUCAAAUGCCUUUCAGAUGCCGGUGUUCGCCUUGUGAAGGCAAGGAAAGGACUCGAGCGUGCUCAUGGGAAAGACCUCUCUCGUGUGAGGCUCCUUCAAUCAGGUCAAUGUCCAGAGUUGGCACUUUAUCUGAGACUAGAGUUACUAGAAGGUGUGGUGGCAUAUCACACUGGUCAACCUGAUAAAGCCUUGAAUGCACUGAAGUCCGCUCAUGCAAAAUUGUUGCAGCUACAAGUACCUGAUGACUUGCUGUCCGUAGUUAUGGGUAUGGGGUUCGAGGAGAAGGAUGCUAAGAGAGCUUUGCGACUGAACAAUCAGGAUAUUGCGGCGUCUGUUGAUUUUCUCAUUGAAGAGAAGGCAAAAAGAGCUCAGAGGCGCAAGGAUAACCUCCAGAGACAAGAAGAGAUCAAUGAGCAGAAGACGUAUGGUGUGACUCCCAUGAACAAAGCUGUCAAUAUGCAGAUGCUUGAGAGGCUCGUCUCUAUUGGAUAUGUGAGGGAUCUUGCUGCUGAAUCCCUCCGGAGAAGUGAGAACGAUUUUCAGGAAGCUCUUGAUGCACUUACAAACCCGGAAGUGAACUCGAAGAUACAGGUCUUCAUUGAAUCGAGGAAAAGAAAACGUCAAGAGCAACGAGUAGGCAUAACUGUGGACGAACUUGUUUCUAUGGGAUUUGAACGAGGACAAGCAACUUCUGCUUUGGAGGGAGGUGGCAGCCGAGAAGACAUAAUCCAGAGGCUACUAUCUUUACCACAACCAAACCCUGGAGUCGCCGGUGUAGCGAGCAGUAGCAACAACGAGGCUCAAGAAAGCACAUCCAACCAAAUUGAUGGUGGAGCAGAGCAGGAGGAUGCUGAGAUGGAAGAUGAAACAGCAGAGGAGAAUGGAAACGAAGGAAGCACAUCUGGUGAAACUGAUGGUGGGGAAGAGCGGGACGAAGAGACAGAGCUUGACUUUGCAGAUGAGAUUGCAAAGGUUGAUGCUUUAUCAGCUUAUGAUAUUAAUGUUGACAAGGAAAUCGAAGCUAUAAAUGAGUACCUGAGCAUGCUUGAUGCAUCCCAGGAGUCUGUUUGA